CUCUUUCAGACAAGUCCAGGUCUAAUUUAUAUUAUUCACCCACUCAACCAUUAACAACAUCCCCAAAAAAACACACCCAAAAAUACCAAACAUGUCCCACUCCCACAUCCUCGUCACCGGCGGCAGCGGCUUCCUCGCCAACAGCAUCAUCACCACCCUCCUCUCACGGGGCCACACGGUCACCACGACCGUGCGAAGCGCCGCCAAAGCCACCGCGCUGCAAUCCCAACACCCAUCCAUCAACAUCAAGAUCGUGCCGGACAUGUCGCAACUCUCGGCCUUCGACGCCGCCGUCACCAACCACACCCCCCCACUCACAGCCGUAAUCCACACCGCCAGCCCGUUCCACUACAGCAUCACCAACAUCAAAACCGACAUGCUCGACCCCGCCGUCAACGGCACCGUCGGGAUCCUGCAAUCCAUCCACAAGUUCGCCCCCAGCGUGAACCGGGUAGUCAUCACAUCCUCCUUCGCGGCGAUGUCCAACCCCCUCAAACCCGCCGGGGAGAAAUACUCCGAGAAGGACUGGAACCCCGUCACCUGGGCCACGGCCGAGCAGCCCGAGAACGCACUGUCGCAGGCAGGAUAUCGCACCAGCAAAGCGCUCGCCGAAAAGGAGGCGUGGAAGUUCAUGGAAGAUGAAAAGCCGAGGUUCUCGCUCACCGUGCUGAAUCCCUCGCUUAUCUUUGGGCCUGUGUCCCCGGCGUUGAGCUCGUUAGAGGAGGUGAAUACCUCGAACCAGCGGAUUAGGGAUCUUGUUUCGGGGAAGUUCAGGGAGAGGUGUCCGCCGACGGGGAGUCAGUUUUGGGUGGAUGUGAGGGAUGCGGCGAUGGCGCAUGUGGUCGCGGUGGAGAAGACGGGGGAUGAGGUUGAGGGGAAGAGGUUCUUUUUGACGGCCGGGAACUUUUGUAAUGCCGAUAUUGUGCAGGUUUUGGGGGAGGCGUUUCCGGAGGUUAAGGAUGGGUUACCACAGGGGGAGGCGUUGAGGGAGGGCAGGUUUCCUGAGGGGGGGCCCAAGUAUGGGUUUGAUAAUGAGGCGUCGGUGCAGGGGUUGGGGGUUGUGUAUCGCUCGUUGAUGGAGAGUGUGGUGGAUACGGUCCGCAGUUUGAGAGUGGUGGAGGGGAGACAAUGA